UAAGUACGUCUCGUAGCAGGAAGGACGAGACGCAACCAACGAUUCGAUUUAGUCCGAGCUGAGCCGGAGUCCUGUGUGGACGUUUGACUCGUCCUGCUUUCCCAGAACCUCCUCCCACCAAACGAGAUACCAUGGCCACCCCACUGACAGACUUCGAGAGGAGGAAGCAAAUAAGCGUGAGGGGGAUCGCCGAGCUCGGGGACGUGGUGGAGUUGAAGAAAAGCUUCAACAGGCACUUGCAUUUCACACUGGUCAAGGACAGAAAUGUCGCUACCCCUCGGGAUUACUACUUCGCUCUGGCUCAUACUAUCCGCGACCACCUGGUUGGACGGUGGAUUCGCACGCAGCAGUAUUACUACGAGAAAGAUCCCAAGCGCAUCUACUACCUGUCUCUGGAGUUCUACAUGGGCCGAACCUUGCAAAACACAAUGGUGAACCUGGGGCUGGAAAAUGCGAGUGACGAGGCCAUGUAUCAGCUGGGUUUAGACAUUGAAGAACUGGAAGAAAUUGAAGAAGACGCUGGACUUGGCAACGGAGGUCUUGGUCGACUGGCAGCCUGUUUCCUUGAUUCAUUGGCCACACUGGGUUUGGCAGCAUAUGGCUAUGGAAUUCGCUAUGAAUUUGGUAUUUUUAAUCAGAAGAUACAUAAUGGCUGGCAGAUAGAAGAAGCUGAUGAUUGGCUGCGCUAUGGUAACCCUUGGGAAAAGGCACGGCCGGAAUACAUGCUCCCUGUUCAUUUCUAUGGGCGGGUCGAGCAUGCAGCAGAUGGCGUCAGAUGGGUUAAUACCCAGGUUGUCCUGGCCAUGCCCUAUGACACUCCAGUGCCAGGAUUCAAGAACAACACUGUCAACACCAUGAGGCUGUGGUCUGCCAAAGCUCCCAACGACUUCAACCUGAAAGACUUUAACGUUGGUGAUUAUAUCCAGGCUGUGUUGGAUCGAAACAUGGCUGAGAAUAUAUCCCGUGUGCUGUACCCCAACGAUAAUUUCUUUGAAGGUAAGGAGCUCCGUCUAAAGCAAGAAUACUUUGUGGUAGCCGCCUCACUCCAGGACAUUAUCCGUCGCUUCAAGUCUUCAAAGUUUGGCUGUCGGGAUCCAGUCCGAACUUCGUUUGAAACAUUCCCAGACAAGGUCGCCAUUCAGCUCAAUGACACCCAUCCUGCCCUGGCCAUUCCCGAGCUGAUGCGAAUCCUAGUAGAUGUGGAGAAGCUGGAUUGGGAAAAGGCAUGGGAUAUAACCAAACGAACGUGCGCUUAUACCAACCACACGGUGCUACCUGAGGCUCUGGAACGCUGGCCAGUUCACAUGUUCGAGCAUCUUCUGCCGAGACAUUUGCAAAUCAUCUAUGCAAUCAACCAGCAACAUUUAGACAACAUUACUGCAUUGUAUCCUGAUGAUGUGGACCGCCUGACACGCAUGUCACUGAUUGAAGAGGGAGAGCCCAAGAGGAUUAACAUGGCGCAUCUGAGCGUUGUUGGAUCUCACGCUGUCAACGGGGUUGCACAAAUUCACUCAGAAAUUGUGAAAAAUACAGUUUUCAAGGAUUUCUACGAACUUGAACCAGACAAGUUCCAGAAUAAGACAAAUGGGAUCACUCCAAGACGUUGGCUAUUGCUAUGCAACCCCGGCCUUGCAGAUAUCAUAGCUGAGAGGAUCGGAGAGGGUUUCAUCACAGACCUACAGCAGCUGAAGAAGCUGUUGAACCACGUCAACAAUGAAGCUUUCAUUAGAGAUGUGGCCAAUGUUAAACAGGAGAACAAACUGAAAUUUGCUGCUUAUUUGGAAAAUGAGUACAAGCUCAAAAUAAACCCUUCCUCUAUCUUCGAUGUCCAUGUGAAGAGGAUCCAUGAGUAUAAGAGGCAGCUAUUAAACUGUUUACAUGUUAUCACGCUCUACAACCGCAUCAAAAAGGAGCCGAACAAAACCUUUGUGCCAAGGACAGUCCUGAUCGGAGGGAAGGCAGCUCCGGGCUACCACAUGGCCAAGAUGAUCAUCAAACUCAUCACUUCGGUUGGAAAUAUUAUUAACAAUGACCCCAUUGUGGGCGACAGACUGAAGGUCAUCUUCUUGGAGAACUACCGGGUGUCUCUGGCUGAAAAAGUGAUCCCCGCGUCAGACUUGUCCGAACAGAUUUCAACGGCUGGUACAGAGGCAUCCGGCACGGGGAAUAUGAAGUUUAUGCUGAACGGAGCCCUGACAAUAGGGACCAUGGAUGGUGCUAACGUAGAAAUGGCAGAAGAGGCAGGAGAGGAGAACCUCUUCAUCUUUGGGAUGAGAGUGGAAGAUGUUGAGGCACUUGAUAAAAAGGGGUACAAUGCCAGAGACUACUUCGAUAAGCUGCCAGAGUUGAGACAAGCCAUGGAUCAGAUCUCCGUUGGAUAUUUUUCCCCUAAAGAGCCAGAGCUAUUUAAAGAUAUAGUUAACAUGUUGAUGCAUCAUGACAGGUUUAAAGUGUUUGCUGACUUUGAAGCAUACAUCAAAUGUCAAGAGAAAGUUAGUGAGCUUUAUAAGAAUCCAAGGGAAUGGACCAAGAUGGUAAUUAAAAACAUAGCAAACUGUGGCAAGUUCUCAAGUGAUAGAACCAUCAAGCAGUAUGCCAGAGAGAUCUGGGGGGUGGAGCCCUCUGAUGUGAAGAUUCCUCCUCCUAAUGAACCUAAAGCUUAGCACGUUAAGUGCCUGCGAGUUAUCAAGAUGGGCAGUGUGUGCGAUCUAAGCUGAUGUGUUUUUGUUUAAUACUUCUGCCCACAUAUCAGAUUAGCGUUUAUUAUGGCAAUGGCCUUGCAUUACAUUUGUCUUUAUAAAAUGCAAUUACUGUGUACCUUAUUAAAAUGUGUUUAACUGA